AUUUGAACCACUCGACAAAAUAUACACGUUUGCCUUCCAUGUGUCGAUAAAGGCAAACAAAAAGUGCGAAACGACUACAUGACACCAUUAAAUAGAAGCGAAAAAUCAAAUAUUAUAUGCUAGCCUUUUACAGUGAUAUUGGGUAUUGAAUAUAGAGUUUUACACCACUUCAAGCCCGCGUCAUAUUCCGAUUAUUCGGCACGGUAGUUAUGUUGAACCACUCGUUGUAUCCUGAAAACUAUCGACAGAUAGGUGAAAGUUUCGUUAUGGAGUACUACGAUACCAUGCAGCGAGAUAGAAGCUCUCUCAAACUUUUUUAUCACAACCAAGCAAGGAUGACAUACGAAGGUGAUGUGUUAGUAGGUCAAGAUAAAAUUGGUGAAAAGUUUCUUUCACUUCCUGCUAAUAAAAUUCAGGUGGGUAUAACUAAUGUUGAUGUUCAUCCAAACGAAAAUUCCGUUCUUAUUUUUGUCUGUGGACAAGUUCAGUGUGAUGAAGAUCAGGUACUACCGUUUUGUGAAGUGUUUUUCCUUCGCAAAUUUAACCAUUGUUUUCUCAUCACCGAUUCUAUGUUUCGUUUGGGUUUGCAUAAUUUCUAACAUGUAUUCAACUAUCCUAAUACUUGUUAUAUUUGCAUGUGCUUGUUAGUCUAUCAUUGGUUCUCUGUUGCAACAGAAAAUUGAUCUCACGGAUAAACUGUUGCAAGCAUAUAUUUAUUGUACUAUGAUGUUUGUAAACAAUAAAUUUCUAUCUACUGCUUCUUAUUAUUUAUGUCAUGCAAACUUACUCGAAUACAGAAACACAUGAGAUUAGAUUUUCGGUCAGUCAGCUUUUGCUUCAG